ACGCGUCGUAUUGUUUGUCUUGGUAGCGAGCUAUAGCUAGUUAGCUUCACUAGCAUAGGGGCCUGUGGAGCGCAGUGGGUGAGGAAGCUAUAGCGCCGCUGAGAAGUUUGCCUGUACGAAGUUGUAUUUCGUGUCUGUCGUGGCGUUGGUGCGAGCUGGGAUUCAUUCUCGCGUGUUGCGUGUGAGAGGACUCGUCCCUCACUGUACAGAUGCGGUGUCAACUGAAUACUGCGGCUACAGGAGCUUCUCAAUGUUUGCAGCUACGUGCUAGCAGCUAAUUAACUAGCUUCAUGCAGGCCGUAGAUAGUGGUCGAGUACUUGCAUAGUAAAAGACUGGGCUUCCGGUCGUAGCCUUCAGAAUAAGGCGUCCAGUAAGACAUGUGCUGGGUAGUCAGUGGAAGAGUUAAAGCAGCAACAUUAAAUGUAUCCUGUGACAUUUGCUGGGUGGGAUUAUGCUAUAGUUAUAAGUCUCGACUAGAAUACAAAUAACUGAAAUAAGGUCAUAUUUAGUUUUCAGGAUACUUACUUAUUUGCUUGGCUGAUGUGGUUUAUGGCCCUACUCAGAUCAUACUAGUACCGAUUUUCAAAAAUAAUUUAAGUUCUAUCGUUGUUUGGUUUAUUGUACACGCUGUCCUGUUCGAAAUAAUAAGCGAGGUUUUAAUUUGAAGGAGCGCCGGCCCCUCUUCCUACGUCUCUGCAGCGGUUUUGGUUGUGAACGUGAUGAAGUUAGCAGCUCUGACAGGCGCGGCUAGCUAGCUAGCUAGCAGGCUAGCUGCCAGGCGAGGGACUUAACCCACUUAACCCGUGUGACACAAACUACUCUAUGUAAGAUGAACGCUGAUGACAAGUUGGAUGGCAUGCUGCUGAAGUGCAGCAGCGGAGGGAUAGAGGGAGGAACGCGAGUCGGGCUGGCCGGCGGAAGAGGACUAGUGGUGAUGACCCUGGGUGAACGGUCACUGGUGAACCACCCUCUCUUGGACGAGGAAGACGACGAGGAAGACGACGAGGAGGAGGACGACGAGGAGGAGGACUUGACCGGGACCUCGCUGGUCACUCACGACCUUCUCCCACCAGAGCAGCUGAUGAUGCAAGAGGAGAUGAUGAAGAAUAUUGGUGUCGGAGAUGGAGAAGAGGAGGAGGGAGGAGGAGAGGUGGGAGUGCAUUUCCCCCUAAAACUCACCAAUAAGUUGCCGUGCUCGCUACAUAUGCCAAUGAGCAUCAAGCAGGAAGUGAAGCUGUCUGAACCAGCGGUCCAGAUAAGGAAGGACAAGAAGGCAUGCAAGGACCUGCUGGUUUGUCCCAAGAAGAAGAAAAGGAAGCAGCAUUCACCAGCAAAGAUUCUCAGCAACAAUGACGACGAAUCAUUGGGCAUGCAGAAUCCCAAGUGUCACAUCUGUGGUCACUGUAAUGCUGCAUUCCGAACCAACUAUCAUCUGCAGAGGCACGUCUUCAUUCACACUGGUGAAAAGCCCUUUCAGUGCAGCCAGUGUGACAUGCGCUUCAUUCAGAAAUAUCUCCUCCAGCGACACGAGAAGAUCCACACUGGGGAAAAGCCUUUUCGCUGUGAUGAGUGUGGGAUGAGAUUCAUUCAGAAGUAUCACAUGGAGCGACACAAGAGGACUCACAGUGGAGAGAAGCCCUACCAAUGUGACUACUGUCACCAGUACUUCUCCAGAACAGACCGGGUUUUAAAGCACAGGCGAAUGUGUCACGAGAACAGGGAGAGAAAGAACAACAAGGCUGCUGGAAAAGUGGGAGCUUCACGUGAAGCAGAUUCUUUAGGUCUCCCCACGCUUGCCAAAGAGUGCUCACUGCCCAAGAAGAAGCGCCAGAAGUGUGCAGACAAGAGCUCAGGCGCUUCCUCCACUGUCCAGACGGAAGGGCACAUCAUCGCUGUUGUAGAAACGGAGGAGAAGGAGGAGCAGAGACAGAAAAAAAUUGAAGUUCCACCUCUCUAUGAUGUGUCCUCCAAAGUCAAACACGAGUAUGUGAUUGCCGACUACUCAGUGGAGUUUCCUGAAGACAUGGCCGGCCACCACCAAGAAGAAGAAGAAGACGACGUGUCAUCAGAGGAGACGACCCCUCCUAAGCUCGUUCUGAAGAAAGUCCCCAAGAGGAGUCUGAAGCAGUCCAGUGAACAGACUCCUCCUUGUCUGUCCACGUUGUCUUCCUUCGAGGAAAAUACCAAGGUCACACAGUACACCUUUGAAAUCGUGGACAAGCAAGGUCUUCUAGAAAUAGAAAGCAACACUGAACUGGAGUCAGUCGAAACCCUUCAAGGUGGACCAACGAAGCCAGCAGCCAGCAGCACAAACUAUGACGACGCCAUGCAGUUCCUCAAGAAGAAACGUUACCUUCAGGCGGCGAUGGCCAACAACAGUCGGGAUUAUGGCCUGAACACAAGCAGCAUCUCCUCCCAGCCGCCUGUUACACAAACCGUGGUGUCGGCAGUCAUUGACGAAACUGUCCCCGUCACCAUUCUGGACCCGCAGCCAAUCAACGCAGAGAUCAAGGCAGCUCACGACAAGAGUGUGUUACCAGAUGAGGUUCUUCAGACGCUGUUGGAGCACUACUCCAACAAAGCUAACGGGCAGUCGGACAUCUCCUUUAGCGUAGCAGACACGGAGGUGACGUCAAGCAUAUCCAUCAAUUCCUCCGACGUUUCGGACAGCAGCCCCGUUGAGAGCCUCGGAGCCUCCAGCGCCCAGGCUCCCCCGGCAACAGAGAAGGUCAGCCUCCUGCAAGAGUACUCCAAGUUUCUCCAGCAAGCCUUGGAGAGGACCAGCCAGAACGACACCUACCUGACCAGCCAGAGCCUCAGCCUGGUCUCUGAAAGCCCCACGUUAGCCGGACAGCCUCUGUUCUCCACAGAGAAACAGUUUCCUUCCCCCAGCCGGUUCAAAUCAGGAAUGAGCUCCCCGCUGAGGUCCACUGUAGACAAACCUCACUUUGGAUUACUGGUCGGGGACUCCCAGCACUCGUUUUCAUUUUCAGGCGAUGAAACCACCCCUCCCUCCGCAGUGUCCCCCGCUGAGGAGGACUUUCUGGAGCAGGUCUCGCCCUCUAAAAAGACAGAGUCCUCACCGGGAAUACUGCAGACAUUUCAGAUAAGCUCCUUCGAUCAGAACUUCAAAACUCACUUCCAGACAUCGAGAUCUGGAGCCUCCUCACAGUUUACUGUAAACAACGGACAAGUAAGUCUCCGGGCACACAGCACGGACUUUGCAGAGUUCCCCUUAGUCAGAGUCACUGAGAACAGAUCUCAACUUAACUCCUCCCCAGACGUUUCAUCCAGUGAAACAUUUGGCUGAAGGGACGUCAGGGGGGUGGUGUCAUCAUUCAUUUCUGUCAAUAAUUUCGGCUGCACUUUAUCUCAUGUCUCCUGUUUUGCCAAAACAAGUCCUGUUGUAAACGAGUGCUCUUUCUCAAAGCAUUUGAUCACAAAACUCAUUCAUGAUCUUUUUUCUUGCUAAGUUCAACCUCAACCGAAUGGAAGUACUGACAAUGAAUUAAUCACAAGCAUUUCCCCUUUAAAAAAAAAGUUAAUUCUAAUCACGUGUGGGUAUAUUUCUCACCCCAGAAUGUACAUGAAGAGAUAAGGUGACCAAAGUUUAAAGUUUGAGGAAAUAAUAUGAAAAUGAUUAUGAAAUAUUCUCUCAUACUUUUGCCAUAGAGUUUAUUUUGAAUGUGUUUAUUUGUCAAUCAGUUUGCCUUUUGCUGCUUAAUGCAAUAUUUCCACUAUUUAAAAUGUAGGCCCUAUUUAUGUAUUACUUUUUUUCUCUUUCUGUAGCUACCUCCCCCGAGCUGUGUAUCUGGUUAUAGUUCAGUUCACUAUGACGCCAGGGCCACACUGGAAUGCGUGAGCGCUGCUGGUGCAUUGGAGUCCGUCUCGCUUCUCAUUUCUGUGCCUGUGUCCUCAGCUCAGAGCGGCCACACUGCCCAUGCUUUUCUUUUAGAGAGUUUGGGUCUCACCUAUUUUUCUCUUAAGCACCGCACUUGGUUCACAGCAAAAUAGAUGGUGAAAAUGAUCUUUCACCUGAGUUUCAAAGUCUAAGGGUUGUAUAUGUCACAAUAAUUGAUAUUUACGUAGAAGCACCCUUGCGUUUCUGUUGACUGAAUCCAUUUGUCUGUUUUAACAAGGUGCACCAUAAGAUGCACAACUUUCCUACAGUAGAGUCCUGGCAUUUAGUUGAGCACAUCACUUUAUUAUACUAUUGAUAUCUAUAUAUAUAUAUAUGUAUAUUUACAUAUAUAGUUAUAAUAUUAUUUAUACAGUCAUCAAAGCAGAAACUUCGAGUAGCAGCUCUGCAGCAGACACACAACACACAGCUGAACAGAAGCGAGCGACACACAGCAGAUCGGUGACGCUGCUGUCACACACUGCACACGCACCCAGUUCGGCCCGGGUGGGAACUCCUGUUAAACUGCUCAUUAAAAUGAAACCAGAGAUUAUUGACUAAAUGUCUUUUUGAACUGGCCUCAAAUGGGUGUUUCUACACAAUGCGUGUAAUGAUGUUUGUCAGAUCUGAUUCUCAUUCACAGAUUCAACCUAAUUUGGUUUCUGUGAUGUCCCAAAAUAAUUCUCAAUCAUGAAUUGUUUAACAUUCAUGAUUGAUUUUCCAAGCAGUGACUUUUACCAAUAUAACUUCAGUGCAGUAUAAACUGUGCAAUAUAUAAAAAGGCUGGGCCGAUUAGAUCUGAAAGAUUUUCUCCCCCCCCCCCAAAAAAAAAGCUGCACGCAUGUAAUGACUGCAGGAUAAUUCUUAUUUUCUCUUGGUUGUUGUGAAAUCACACAACAGGAUUGUGCUUAAUGUUUGCACAACUUGCACAUUAUUCACUACAAGGGAUGUGGCACUUAUAUCACAGUGGAUGAGUUGCAUUAUACCUUUAUUUAAAAAAGGCAAAAAGUGAGAUUUCUGACAUGGACCACUUAUUGUGAAAGCCCCUGUGUCAGAUAUACAUUAUGAGAUGACCCUCUUUGCUUUAGUCACUUAGCUGCAGCUUGAUGUCUGGUUCUUAUCGGAGCUUGCACUGGUUUCUGGGGAACAAAACCACCAUGACGAGAACCCUUUCUUUUCAUUGAAGGUCAAAGGUCAAAGAAAACAAGGUGAUUGGUUUUCAAGUUUCAUCAGUUUUGUAUUUGUGCCUUUCUUUCUUUUUCUUUUUUCUUUUUCUUUUCUCAUUCUUUUACAUGCAUUUCUCUGCCAAUGUUCUUAAGUUACUAAUUCAACUUGCACAAUAUCACACACAUAAGCUAUAUCAACCUGUUCAGUCUGUGAUACGUUGAGAUGUGGGAGCUUUGUUUAAUUUUGCCCGUCAUAGACUUCAAGAAAGAAAUAGCACAAAGUCAAGUCUCAAACCAUUACCUGGACCAUGCUACAGUUUGUCCAUAUGAGUCAUGUUAUAUAUAUAUAUAUAUACGUAGUUUUGAUCAUGAUCAGCUCGUAAGCAACAUCUGUCUAUAGGCCUUGUUUUAAAUAUGGUUGAGUGAGGUCUCCUCUGUACUUUAUCGCACUCUUCACUGUAUUCCACGUGUACAUUUUUGUGUAACGUCUUAGGUGCUAUUGUGUUGAUCACUGUACCAUCGAAAACUAGGUUUGCUCCCCCCCCCCCCCUUGAGCUCCCUCUUGUUAACGUUUCUGCUGACAAUCAGGGACAGACGGACAUAGGCGCCGAUUCUGUGGGUGAUCCGGGGUAACAUUACCAUUGAUUCGAUACCGAAACUAGGAUUGAUAAUCCUGGGAAAGCUAUCGACAGCCGGCUACCCUUUGAAAAUGCAACGAAACAUCCCACCCCCUCCCAUUGGCCCUCUCGUCAAAGCUACGCCUUCAAAACACAUGAACGUAUACUGACUGACAACUGCUGGAAGCCGUCUUUUCCGUGACUUGCCCGCUAACCUCGGUCUAUCGUCUCUGCUUCAGCUGUGUGUCCCUCCAGCUGAAGACUCCAGUCAUGCGUAAUCAGAGCCCAGGCAGGGUGCACACAUUCAUGCAGGUUGGUUAGUGACAGACAGGUUCGUCAGCGAAUGGUCCUGUUUAAUACAGUUCUAUGAGCAGUUGUAUUUUUCCUGUCUUUAUAUUGUGAACUGGAUUUCAACAACUAGGAUUAAAAGUGUUUCAGAAUCAACUGACCAGCCCUGAACUUCACGGAUGGUGUGAGAUUACAACAGCUGGAGGGACCACACACGUCUGUGAUUGCUUGCAACUCUGUCAGUGUCCUGCUCAAAACCCUAGUCACCAAUCAAUGUCAGUUAAACUUAAGAUCUCCGGUCAUAUGUUUUAUUUAGGGCGAGUGUCAACUGAGAUGAAAGUUACUUCACGGCUGCAUGCGGGUCGUUCCUGUUAAUUUCCUAAGGUGCUGAAAAGCACCGAUUUGUCAACUUUUUUACAAAUUAGCAAUUCAAGUAAGCUAUGGUUUUUGCAUUGGCUUUAUUUUUCGACGUGGGGGUCGGGUCGGCACAUCCAACUGUUUCAAGCUCCCAUUGGCUGCGGCAUAAAUCGACGCCUACGCAUACAACCACCCGCAUUAAUCCCAAGAUACUUUAUUUUAUCCUCAUUGAACAUUCCCUCUAGAAUGUACAGACAAUAUUCUGCUGUAAAUACAUUGUAUAUUUUUUACGUUCUGAGAAGUACUGUUCGAUCUCUGUCGGUCGCGGGACAAGGCUCAUGCAAGAGACACUUUUUGUCAGAGAAAGGCACAUCUAUUCGUUUUCAGCAUUCACGCUGUGUGUUCCUGAGGAUAGUGUGUAAACAAUGUUAGCAGAAGACAAUUGACCCUUUUACGGUUUUAUUGGUUAUAAAAUUGCUUGGGACAUUAAUGCAGUCGAUUUUGCAUCAUGAUGGGUUUUGACUGUACAAAUAUGUAUGUAGAAAAACACCCAGAAAGUAAUGCUCCAGCGUUUUAGUGUUCACCCUCAGCAGCUUAAAUUCAUGUCAGUUCAAGUAGAUUUUGAGUGGAAUAUUACUCCAAAAAAAAAUCUCUUUCUGUGGGUAAAAUAUUCCUUUACCUCCCUGUUUCACUGAAAGCAGUUUUUAAAAGCACAUUGCAGAUGAGUAAUUCUGUUUUGGGAAAUUGUAAACCCCAUUAAAGUGUUCAUUUUGAAUUCAGUUAAAAAAAAAACCUGUUGAUGGAGAUUCAUGAUCUUCUAUGAGCAGUACAACGGUAUUUGUUUUCCUUUUAAUGAACUACUGUCAGUAACCUGGCCAUAAGUGUCCUUGUAUAAGCGAGAGAAAAAAAAGCUUGUCUGAAAAAGAAAAAGAUCUGAAUCAUGAAUUUUUUGAUAAAAAGUAUUUUUGAAACAUGUCAUCUAUUGCUACCCUCGUUUCCUCUCUGUAUAAGUCCUUUGUGUCAAGAUGAUUCAAACAGGAUGGAGCGUGAACCUGAACCGGCGUUUUCAUACUUCUAACGAACUCUGACGAGGAAGCCUCAUCGCUCCACUGCCACCAGGGGGCGGGAUAGCGUUGAUCUCAAGUUAGACAGGGAAGUUUGUUUGCAUGGGCUCUAACUUGUCGGGUCGAGUGAACUUGUUCUUUUUUUUUUUUUUUUAAUAACGUGCAGCUUUAAUUGUAGCUGGUAAAUUUCAGUCAAGUAACCCCAUAUGAUUAGAUCUUUUUGCAAUAUGUUAUGGUUUGUAAAACAAUCAGAUUAAAUUGUUGUUUUGAUUGUUGUGUGUCAUGUCCUUAUAAAUAAAAAUGAUUCACACCAUGA